AUGACCUAUUUCAUUGUUUUUUUAGCGGUGUGUUUUGUGUUAGGGGGAUUAGCAGUUGCAUCUAAUCCUUCACCAUAUUAUGGGGUGGUUGGUUUGGUAGUUGCUUCUGUUGUUGGAUGUGGGUGAUUGGUAAGUCUUGGCCUUUCUUUUGUGUCGUUGGUUUUGUUUAUGGUGUAUUUGGGGGGGAUGUUAGUGGUUUUUGUGUACUCUGUGUCGUUGGCAGCUGAUCCUUUUCCUGAGGCAUGGGGAGAUUGGCGUGUUAUAGGGUAUGGGGUUGGGUUUGCUUUAGUGCUGAUUUUGGGGGUAGUGGUGGGUGGCUUUGUUAAGGGGUGGGAGUGAGGGGUGGUAGCAGUUGAUAGUGGGGGGAUGCUUUCUGUUCGGUUGGAUUUUGGUGGUGUGGCUAUGUUCUAUUCUUGGGGGGUGGGGAUGUUUUUGAUGGGUGGGUGGGGUUUACUGUUGACUCUGUUUGUUGUAUUGGAGCUUGUGCGGGGACUUUCUCGUGGUGCAAUUCGGGCAGUUAGG